UAGAGCUCCUUCUCUCAAAAUUAAAUUAAGCCUUAAUGACAUAACCAUCUCUCUAUGUUAUGUGCUUGGAUUCUUGUAUAUAAUGGCCUCCGCUGAAGCAAUCCCACCUCCACCACUAGAGACCCUCCUCCAUAUGUUGUAAGAAGAAGAAGAAGCCGCACAAAACCCUCCUGAAUCCAGAGAUUUCUUCAUCUCCAAGGGCUCAUCAGGAAAGAAAAUUCGGAUUAUCCAAAAUAAAAAGAUGAGUAGGAGGAACGGGAACGGCCAGAAACUGGAGCUGAAGCUGAACCUGUCGCCGAGGAGAGGAGGUAACCGGAGGAGGGUCCGGUCUCCGAGCCGCUCGGCCACGACGUCGCCGACGUCUCCGCCGAUAUCAUGCCUCUCGUCGGAGCUCAUCAACAACGAGGAGUCAUCAGUCAGAUACUCCACGAGCCCUGAGACCACCUCAAUGGUCCUCGUAGGUUGUCCUCGUUGUCUUAUGUACGUUAUGCUCUCUGAGGAUGAUCCCAAGUGCCCUAAAUGCAAGAGCACUGUUCUUCUCGAUUUCCUACGCGAGAACCCUAACGCUAACGCCGCCGCCAGAGGGAAGAACCGGCGAAACUGAGUGCCACGCGCCGUCGUGGGUAUGAAGGAGUAAUCAGUCAAUCCUCUGUUUUCUUUCACCUUCUUUCUCUCUCUCUCUCUCUCUAUUUCUCUCUCCGUGUGUCGUUUUAGGCGAUUAAUGUAGCUGUUUGACUGAGAGCAGUGCUAAUCACGCUCCACUUUAUCAAAAACAGGGCAAAAAAGCUCGGAUAUGAAACUAGGGUUCUAGAAAUCAUUUUCAGACAGACAAAAAAGUGGAGCGCGAAUAGCACUAGCUUUUCUUUGGCUAUUUUAAUAUAAAUUGUCUGCCAGUUGGGUCUUUAUGGAAGAAGAUUACGGCGUUAUAUAUUU